AUGGUCCUGGUCAAGCACCUUCUCCCAGGUCUCGGGCUGAUCGCCAGCUCACUGGCGUCAUCCUGCUGGCGAAACGCAACAUGUACGCACCCGACAGAGGCCUCGUUCCCAGGCCCAUGGGACGCAAACAUCUACGCCCCAGACUCACGCACUGCGAGACCGAAAUCUGUGCUAUCCCUCUCGACUGGAAAUGUCGUCAGCGAGUUCCCCGGCACAUCGACCCUCAAGGGCAAUGGCUCGGCCCUCGUCUUUGAUUUCGGCGUGCUGGUAGGCGGCAUUACGACCGUCAACUACACCCUUACCGGAGCAGACGGCGAGCCCGCUGUCCUCGGCCUCGCCUGGACGGAAGCGAAGAAUUGGAUCGGCGAGUACUCCGAUAACUCCAACGGAAACUACCGCGGUCCGGGUCAGGCACUCAUCAGCACCGACGGGGCCCUCUUCCACAACAUCACGGCCCAGGGCGAAGGCUCCUACACCGUUCCCUUUGCCCAGCUCCGUGGAGGCUUCCGCUACCUCACACUCUAUCUCCUCACGAACUCUUCCUCUCCCGUGUCACUCUCCAUAGACGACGUAUCCCUCGAAAUCGUCUUCCAGCCGACGUGGUCCAACCUCCGCGCGUACCAGGGCUACUUCCACUCCUCCUCUGACCAACUCAACAAGAUCUGGUACAGCGGCGCCUACACCCUCCAGACCAACGCCGCUCCCCCGGAGACCGGCCGUGUCCUCACGGAAGCCGUGUGGAACGGGUCCUGGUUCAACGAUGCCUGGCUCGGCGUCGGCUCCUCUCUGCUCCUCGACGGCGCGAAGCGUGACCGCUGGAUCUGGCCCGGCGACAUGGGCGUCGCCGUGCCCUCUGCCUUCGUCAGCACGGGCGACCUCGAGAGCGCCAAGAACGCGAUCCAGACAAUGUUCAACUUCCAGCAACCCUCCGGCAUCUUCCCCCGAGCCGGCCCGCCGUACCUCGACGCCACGAGCGACACAUACCACAUGUGGACGAUGAUAGGCGCGUACAACUACGUCCUCUUCUCGGGCGACCUCGCCUGGUUGGCGGACAACUGGGCGACGUACCUCAAGGCGAUGAAGUACAUCUACGCCAAAAUCAUCCCCGACACGGGCAUCCUCAACGCGACGGCGACGGGCGACUGGGCGCGCUACAUCAACUCGAUGAACGGCAGCGCCCCGAACAUGCUCCUCUACCGCACGCUCACCACGGGCGCGUUCCUCGCGGAGAUUGCGCCGUCCAACUCGUCCAAAUGCACAAACCUCACGGCGACGUGGCUCGCCCGCGCGGAAGAGCUCAAGGGCGCAAUCAAGACGCACCUCUGGGACGAGAAGAAAGGCGCCUUCUUCGAUGGAUACAAGAACAGGACGCUUUACCCGCAGGACGCGAACAGCUACGCCGUGGCGUUUGGCGUAGUCGACCCUUCGUCCCCCGAAGCGGCAUCCAUCUCGUCGGUGCUGACGGAGAACUGGACGCCCAUCGGCCCCGCGUCGCCGGAACUACCGGGCAACAUCUCGCCCUUCAUCUCCAGCAUCGAGCUGGAGGCACACUUCGUCGCGGGCCGCGCCGACAGAGCGCUGAAGCUCAUCCGCGACAGCUGGGGCUGGUACCUCGCGCACCCCAACGGCACGCAGUCGACCGUCAUCGAGGGAUACCUCGUCGACGGCUCGUUCGGGUACCGCAGCUCGAGAGGUUACACCAACGACCCCAGCUACGUGAGCCACGCGCACGGUUGGAGCAGCGGCCCGACGAGCACGUUGACAGAGUACCUCGUCGGCCUGCGCGUCACUCGCCCUGCUGGACAAGAGUGGCGGUUGAAGCCCGUGUUCGGGGAGUUGGACGCGGCGCAGGCCGGGUUCACGACUGUGCUGGGCAAGUUCAGCGCCAAGUGGGAGGUGGCAAAGGGCGUUGCGACAGUGGAAUGGGACGCGCCUGAGGGCACUAGGGGAUGGCUUGAACUUGGAGGGGAGGAGGAGGCGGGCAGGUGGGUUGAUGGUGGGAAGGGGAGGGCCGUGGUCAAGGUUGGGGAGCAGAAGCAGUAA